GCCGAAUCUCCCGGGCGUGGACGCGGGCGCGGGGGCGUGUGCUCCGGUGCCCCGCGGCUGCCGGCGGGCCCCCGAGCGCCCUCCCGGGCUCCCGGCGAGACCAUGGCGCGGAGCCUCCAGAGCUGGCUGGGCGGCUGCCUCCUAGUGUCAGCAUUAGGAAUGGUGCCACCUCCUGAAAACGUCAGAAUGAAUUCAGUUAAUUUCAAGAACAUUCUACAGUGGGAGUCACCUGCUUUUCCCAAGGGGAAUCUGACUUUCACAGCUCAGUACCAAAGUUAUAGGAAAUUCCAAGAUGUAUGCACGAGUACUGUUUUGACGGAAUGUGACUUCUCAAGUCUUUCCAAGUAUGGUGACCACACCUUGAGAGUCAGGGCUGAAUUUGCAGAUGAGCAUUCAGACUGGAUAAACAUCACCUUCUGUCCUGUGGAUGACACUAUUAUUGGACCUCCUGGAAUGCAAGUAGAAGGGCUUGCUAAUUCUUUACAUCUGCGUUUCUUAGCCCCCAAAAUUGAGAAAGAACCUGAAACAUGGACUAUGAGGAAUAUUUAUAACUCAUGGGCUUAUCAUGUGCAAUACUGGAAAAAUGGAUCUGAUGAAAAGUAUACAAUUACUUGUCAGUACGACUUUGAAGUCCUCCGAAAUCUUGAGUCAUGGACAACUUACUGUGUUCAAGUUCAAGGAUUUCUUCCUGAUCGGAACAAAACGGGGCAAUGGAGUGAGCUGGUCUGUGAACAAACAACCAAUGAUGACAUCCAGAGGCUCAGCCAGCUCAGACCAUGAAAGGAUGCACGGGUGCAGGUCUGCUCCUGGCCAUUUGCGUUCACGGAGGUCCUCCUGGAAGCAAGGCGCUGAACAAGGGGUCACAGAAACACAACGGAGAGUAAAGAAUUCCCGCCGGCGAGAGUGCACAGCUUUUCAUCUUCUGUGUGGCUGCAGUUCUGAGGCGGUCACGGGGCUGCCAUCACACUGAUUCAUCAUUUCAAGUUCCUGAAUGUUGGUUUUUGUCACUGAACAUAUUUCUCACCCGGUUUUGCUCUGUCUCACCAUCUGAUUUGCUGGGAAGAGCCUCAGGAUCCUCACCAGGUUGUUAUUUAAACUGUUGGUGUGUCUAGGACACACCCUCCUUUAGACUACUCAGCUGCUUGCUUACUGGUCCCCCAUCCAUCUGAAUAUCGUGGACUGUUAUGCGCUAUUUUGGUUUAUUAUCCACAAAGUCACCGUGAAAGACUUUGGCAAAGUCUAGUAUCAGCUAAAAUCAACAGCCAGUGCCAAGCGCAGCACCGCCCCAGCAGUGUCCCAGGAGUGGCUGUCGGACAUUUCACAAAGCAAGAGCCUGGUAGUCAGAUGUGCUUGGAAAUGAUGGUACCCCACUUUUCCCUCUCAGAAAAGUCACCCUCUAUAUUAAUAACAUUUUUAGCGUAUUAGAUCUUUCAACACCUUUUUUGAGGAUGAGCAUUCCAAGGAAGACAGCUUGGGAAAAACCAGCCCAUAAUAUGCCAUUAUUUGCCAAUAAGUAAUUCUAUCUGGAAAAAGGAAAGGCAGCCGCUAUUUGCUAACUUCUUGGUGCCCUCAUGCUACUAUUUUUAGUUGCUGUCCGUAUCUUUUUUAAGUGUUUGUCAUUAGCUCCUUAACAAUCUAUUCUGGAAUGUUCGUAUUUUCUUUCUGGACAUCGCAUCAAGUUUACCAGCCUGUAGUUUCCUGAAUCUUGCUGUUGUUGAGGUUUUUUUUUCCCCAUAUUUUGUAAAUGCACAAAUUACUUCCCCGAAUCCAGGAUUCUGUCACUUGUCCCAUGCACGUGCUCUUUUCAGUGUCAUCCAAAACCCUUUUACAAUCGUAUUAGCAAAUUUUCUCAGGAUUGCAGAGCCACAGAGAAGAUGGAAAUUCUUGCUGUGUCUCUGGAGGGAAUUCUCUGUCACUCUCCUUUCUUUUUCUGUCACCCCCAAGUGCCCCACCUCUGUCAGCCCGUGUUCCUCCUGCAGUGGCUGAGCCUCUCAACAGAGCCUUUAAAUAACAAAAGCCUACCAUUUUAUUCCGCUCCUGAA